AUGCCGGCCACCAGAUCCACCCGCAGCUCGGCAGCAUCCUCGUCCUCGCCAUCGCAGCAUCCCUCGCGCCCGUCCUCGCCUGCCUCGCAACCCAAGACGGACACAACACAUGACAAGGGCGAUUUCGUCAUCACCGCCCGCGGUACCGUCUUCAGGGUACCUAGCUAUUAUAUGCUGGCCGCGAGCUCCGUCCUACGCGACGCCCACGAGAUCGGUUCCGCGGAUAGCAAGUUCGAGAUUGAUCUCGAUCAACCCGCUAAAGUCGUCAAACUAUGGCUGGACAUCCUGAUUCGGCACGAGAUCCCGCCAGCCUCGGUGGCAGAAUCAUCCCGUCUUCACCGAGUACUCGCUUUGUGUCGGCAAUUCGAUUGCACAAUCGCUACGAGGACAAUCAUGACCGGCUUGGAAGCUGCGCUCGGAAUCGAAAACGGGUGUGAUGACCGAGUGUCUACCAAGGAGUACUUGAUCGCCACGGCGACUUUCGGCGGGUCCGCGGAAUUCACAAAAGGCGUCCGGGAAAGAUAUGAUUCGAGUGGCACUUCGGCGGACCCCGGCGCAGCUACGAGCCUCUACGUCAUGAAAGGCCUCAGGCGGAACCCGGCUACUUGGUCGCUGAGGGAGUUCUCUCGCUUGCCAACGGAGUAUUGCUGGGCUCUCGUCCGGUCAUAUCAUGUCUCCCAGGAGACCGGUGCCAAUCAGGCGGAUAAAUUGAAGGUGCUGCUGGAACAUCUCGAUAACAAGGCCUCUAUUUCGGCCGCCCCCGACCUAUCGAUGGGGGACGAGUAG